AUGGAAAAAGUUGAGUUAAAGAGUGGUGACUUUGGAACUUUGGAAUGGAAUGAUGAUGUUAUAGAGAAUGAUGAAGAAUCCGACACCGAUGAAAAUGAAAAUAUGAAACUCGAUGAAUUGCUAUUUAAAGCAAAAAAGAAUUAUAAAAAACUAGUGAAUGAUAAAAUGAAGUUUGGAAAGUUAAUUGAGUUUUCAACAACAAAAUUCACAAAAAGCGAUUAG